AUGCCUCUCGCAGAGGAUCUCCUUCAUCCCUCUCCAGAGGAGGAAGAGAGGAAAUACAAGAAAAAGCACCUGGUUCAGAGCCCCAAUUCCUACUUUAUGGAUGUGAAGUGCCCAGGAUGCUAUAGAAUCACCACGGUCUUUAGCCAUGCACAGACAGUAGUCUUGUGUGUCGGCUGCUCCACUGUCCUCUGUCAGCCUACAGGCAGAAAAGCAAGACUGACAGAAGGAUGCUCCUUCAGGAGGAAGCAGCACUGAAAAGCACCGGAUUCGAGAUGCGUGGGAACCACCCCAAUAAACACAUUUUGGAUAAAAAAAAAAUGUGGUCUUAGAAGACAUCCAGUAACCCCCACUGAGCAUUACCAACCUGAUGGUCUUAUGAAGGUCAGGGUAGGAUUGGAAGAUCAUUUUGUAUUGAAUUUCUAGUUACCCAACUGUUCACAUUUUCCCUCUC